AUGGUAUUAUCAGUUUGGCAAUUUGUGUUUUAUGGAUUUAUAAUUUUGAUUUAGUUAAAAAGCAACUUAAACAUCUUAAUUUACAUAUAGACAAAACUUCAUUGGAAUAUGCUAAAAGAAAUUUAUAUCUUUAGGGAGGUACAUUUUUGUCACAUCAGCUUAUUUAAGAAUAUUAAGCUUAAUACAUGA